GUUGUUUUCUAUUUGUAAUGCUGUUCAUUAUUUUUAUAUUGACUGUAUUCCUGUACUAGAUGCUGUGGUUUUUAUUUUUCAUUUUUAUUUUUUCUUCUUAUACUUCUAAUCCAGAUAAUGUGUGAUUGAGCCUGCUAAAUGUAGUAGUCUUUGCUACUGCAGAGGGGCAGCCUGCAAAUUAAACACUGCCACAAUCUGAAAGGUCCAGGUGGUCUGCUCGUGCUUCCUAAUGCAAUCCAGCACAACAGCUUUAAUAAACAGCUCUAUUUAGUUCUCCCUCCCUGUAUCCAGGGAAGUGAACUGGGGCUGCUGUGAUGAAAUGCCAGAAGAAUAUCUCUCAAAGGCCUCACAAGCUGAUUUUUAGAGCUUUUCCGUUUUGUCGUCUUUGUCUUCCAAAUGGGAUCCAAUGAUAGCUGGACAAGUCAGUAAGCCCUUGCUGUCACUGCGGAGUGAAAUGAAUGCAGAGUUGAGAGGUGAGGACAAGGCAGCUACUUCAGACAACGAGCUGAAUGAGCCCUUGCUUGCGCCUGUGGAAUCAAAUGACAGCGAGGACACUCCCAGCAAGCUCUUCGAGGCCAGAGGAAACACCGUGCUUCCUGAUACAAGCCCAGCAGACCAGCACCAACCCAGUCAGUCCCAUCCUGCAUUUCCUGUUGGUCCUCAGCCACUACUGACAGCCCAACAGUUAGCCUCAGCAGUAGCAGGGGUGAUGCCAGGAGGCACUCCAGCCUUGAAUCAGCCAAUCCUUAUUCCUUUCAACAUGGCUGGGCAGCUGGGGGGCCAACAAGGACUCGUCCUAACUCUACCUACAGCAAAUCUCACCAACAUCCAAGGACUGGUAGCAGCAGCUGCAGCAGGAGGCAUCAUGACUUUACCAUUGCAAAAUCUACAAGCUACCUCAUCCCUGAACUCCCAGCUUCAACAGCUUCAGCAUCUUCAGCAGCUCCAGCAUCAACAGCAGCAGCAGCAGCAGCAAAGCCAGCAGCAGCAAGCUCAGCAGGCACAGACUCCACAGCCAGCCCAGCAGACCCAGCAAUCACAGCCACAGCCAUCAGCACCACCACAGCAGAACCAAACACAGCCCCAGAGCCAGAGCCAGCCACCUCUACCCUCACAGUCCUCCAGCUCCCCUCAGAAACCCAGCCAAUCACCAGGGCAUGGCCUUCCAUCUCCUCUUACUUCACCAAAUCCAUUGCAGCUGGUUAAUAAUCCAUUAGCAAGUCAGGCAGCAGCAGCAGCAGCAGCAGCAGCCAUGGGCUCAAUAGCAAACUCGCAGGCCUUUGGAAACGCCCUCUCCAGUCUUCAGGGGGUCACAGGCCAGCUCGUCACUAAUGCACAAGGACAGAUUAUUGGAACAAUCCCACUGAUGCCUAAUCCAGUCCCGUCCAGCCAGGCGGCAGGUGGAGCUCAGGGACUUCAGGUGCAGCCGAUAACUCCACAGUUAUUGACCAAUGCCCAGGGUCAGAUCAUCGCCACUGUCAUCGGCAACCAGAUACUCCCAGUGAUCAAUACCCAGGGAAUAACACUAUCGCCGCUCAAACCAGGCCAGCAGCUCCAUCAGCCUUCCCAGACGCAAGUGGGACAAGCAGCUUCACAAUCCAAUCUCCUGCAUUUGGCUCACAGUCAAGCAUCUAUGUCUCAAAGUCCAGUGCGUCAGGCUUCCUCUUCUUCCUCCUCAUCCUCCUCCUCUUCAGCUUUGAGUGUUGGCCAGUUAGUCAGCAAUCCUCAGACAGCCACUGGAGAAGUGGAUGGGGUAAAUCUGGAAGAAAUACGAGAAUUUGCCAAAGCUUUUAAAAUCCGGCGCCUGUCCCUUGGCCUGACACAGACUCAAGUUGGCCAAGCCCUGAGCGCCACCGAAGGCCCAGCCUAUAGCCAGUCUGCCAUCUGCAGACACACCAUCCUGAGAAGCCACUUUUUCCUACCACAGGAAGCCCAAGAGAACACUAUAGCUAGCAGUCUGACAGCCAAACUGAACCCUGGCCUUUUGUAUCCUGCCAGGUUUGAAAAGCUGGACAUCACCCCUAAAAGUGCCCAGAAGAUAAAGCCGGUGCUUGAGCGGUGGAUGGCUGAGGCUGAGGCCCGCCAUCGAGCAGGGAUGCAGAACCUUACCGAGUUUAUUGGGAGCGAACCAUCCAAAAAGCGCAAGAGGCGUACCUCAUUCACGCCACAAGCCCUUGAAAUCUUGAAUGCCCACUUUGAGAAGAACACGCAUCCCUCUGGGCAAGAAAUGACAGAGAUUGCAGAGAAACUGAACUAUGACCGGGAAGUAGUUAGAGUUUGGUUCUGCAAUAAGAGGCAAGCACUGAAGAACACAAUUAAACGUUUGAAACAACACGAGCCUGCAACAGCAGUUCCUAUGGAGCCUUUAACAGACUCUCUGGAAGAAAACUCCUAAAAGCAAAACAAUAAAAGCCAAAUCACACAGAAAAAAAAAAACCCCACACCAACUGAAAUGUGUCCAUUUGAACUCUGUGAAAAUACCUAUUCAUCACCCUUGUAAGUAAAAGACUGAGAAAACUACAAGAAGGACAGGACAGUUUAUAAAUGUCCAUGGGUUUUCCUAUGAAAAAAAAAAAAAAAAAAACUAAACAAAAAAAUACACAACACUUAGAGUGUGUGUGGUAGAAUUAGUUCCCCAAAAAAAACCCCGAAAAAGCCAGUUUUUUUUAAUGGACUUAAAGUAAACCAAAUAACUGCUUAAUUUUUUCUGUAUAUUAUGAAAAUACUAACACAUUUUAAGGAAAAACAAAACAAACAGCAACAAAAAAAAAAAGAAAGAAAAAAAAAGAAAAAAAAACUUUUAUCUGUUUAAAAGAGAAUACAAGCCUGCCACCUGGAGGAGUGAUUGUAACCUUUCAGGUAUCAAGUGCUAAUUCACUAUGAAAUCUAUUAACCAAAGUCAGAAACAUGGCAUUGCAAACUAGAUUGUUAGUCUACUCUUUUAUGAGUGUAAAAUUGUGUUACAAAUUUUUACAUUUGUAUUUUGCAAAGAGGAAUAUAGGAUUAAUUUCUCUCAUCCUAGUUUGUACCCCCUGCAGGUGUGUACAAAGCCAUUCCAUAAUAGUCACCUCACUUUCUUUUCUUUUAGUCAACAGUUUUGCAAUCUCCUAAUAUUUGGGUGCCAAAAAUAAGUACUUUUUAUUGUGAGUUGUGGGGUUUAGUGUUUCUCUUCUAAGGGUGUAUGUCUUGGUUUACAUUUCUUUUUCUGUUGUUUUUUUUUCCUGAUUCUAUUUGCUGCCUCCUCCCUUCCAGCUCAUUCUCUACCCCUUCCCCAAGCCCCCCAAACCCAGUACUGGUUGAGGAGUUUUAAAAAGAAAACUGAAAUCUGAACACUUUUAUAUGCUGGAAUGCAAUGAGGACAAAGAAGGAUUAGGAUUAUAUCUGAUGGACUCUCAAGCUCACAUUGAAGAUUGUGCUUUUUGUUGAAUGUGUAGCUUGAGAUUUCUCUGUCCUUUGGCCAUGAACCUGGAGAGGUUACCAAAACUAAUUUUGUAGUAUAAAUAUAAAUUGCACACUUGGUACAGUACUGCAGCUAGAUUAUGGUUCCAUUUGAAGCAAUUUCUCUCCAAAGCCUGCUAGCCAAAGAAAUUUCUUGAGGUUCUGAUGAAAACAAGUGGACAGGCUGAGAAGUGAUGAGGAUAUUUUGAUCAUUACAUCACUAUGGACAAUUUUGUUUUGUUCCUUCUGACUUUUUUUAAUGUCAUAUUGAUGGCAAGCCCUAUUGACUUCUUUAGCAGGAGGAAGUGCUUCUGCAGGUGUUUGCCGUGGCCACUGGCUAGACUAAUCAAUUGGGACAUAGGGAAAGACACUGAAUGUCUCUUGAUAAUAUAAGGUAGGUCACCUGCAAUAUGAUUCAGGUGAACUGAUUUUUCUUUAAAGACAGUUUAUCUCUGUGGCUUCCUUUGUGAUUGGACAAGCAUCUACUAAAAUACUGUGGUCAUUAGAUCAUAAAAGGCUCAGAGGCAGAGAAAGGUGUUGCAGGUUCUAGAUGGGGUGUGGUCUGACCUGUGAAGGUCAUCUGCAAUCUUCAUCUUCUGCUCAGUUAUGCUCAAGCUUUUGCAGCUUCCACCAUUAGGGUGGAAGCUGCAUCUUGAUCAAGUCAUCCCAAAAGAUAACAUCAGAUAAUUGGCUCAGAGAUGGUAAAAUAGAGAUGGUAAAAUUCUGGUGUUAUAACUCCUGAUUGCAUUCCUUGACCUCAGAAUGGUUGUGCUGGAUUUUUGGCAGUCUACUUAGGAUGUGGAAGGAAGUGCCUGAAGUGCUGGAGUCUUCAAAUAACACCUCUCUUACUAAAGAGUUUUCAAAAAUUCCAGGCUAUAUCCAAAAUUUAGUGAAAGAGAUAGAUUUUCAUUGAUUUCACUAUAUUUUGAAUCUGGCCCUCAGUAUUUUAUUAAUGGGAUUUGCCUUGUAAAGUGAGGUAUUUACUGCAUGGUUGGUGUAGCUUUAAGAUUUCAGAGACAAGCAUAACAUGUAAAUUAGAGUCUCACAGCAACAUCUACCCCUCUGGGUUUUCUUUAUACCCUCUUUCUCCAUAGACACCUAUAUUCUCAGAAAUAUCUAUGUAGUCUAUACCAAACAGGUCUAAAGUUGUUACCACAGUUCAAUCUAUGUAACAAUCAGACCACCAUCCAGUACCUAAUAGGAAAGCAAGGAUGAAUAAAUCAUAUUUGGAAGCAGUUACUCCUGAAAUCCUACCCAUGUCUCCAGAACACUCCUAAUUGCCCAGUCAUUAAUGCCACAUACACAAUUACAUGUUCAGUCAUCCUUAAAGGCUGUACCCUCCCCCACUCCAUCCCCACCAUCAACAGCCUGGGAACAAAACCAUCAACCAUUCAUUGCCUGAAAACUAAAUUUCCAAUUCUCCCAGGGACUGCUCUAAAUUCUGUGAAGAAAAAUCCCCCAAGAAAAAAAAAAGUUAACCAAACACUGUAUGAAAGAUACUAAAUGUUUAAAAAUAUGCUGGCAGCAGUUAUAUAAGCUCUUUUCUGUUCCAAAGUACAUAUCGGAAGGCUAUAACUAGGACAGUGAAAAUGUAAAAUAAAUAUAAAUUGCCAGCAUGGAAGAAAAAAUAAUGUUCAUCCCACAGUCUUAAAAUCAUUCAUGUGCAAUGAUUUUUUUUUACAGUUUUCUAAUUUUGUAUUAUGUUUUGUAAAUUAUUUAUAAGGUGUUGUAAUGCUUCUCAUGUUAAUUUUUUUAUACACAAAUUUUUGCUAUGAGGCAUAAAUGGUGCCUGAAUAGAUUCUUAGGAAGAUAAAUUGUAUCUGAGUCAUACAUCUUUGGGAGGGCCAUAAAUAUUUUGUUUUGUUAUGUUACUGGCAACAUUUCUGGUUCCCAUUUGUAAACAAUUUUCAUGUAUUGAUAAAAAUUGAAUACGUUUUAAUUUUGCAUGUGACUAAAAGGUAGGUUGCUACCAGUAAAUGAAACAAAAGUCUCUUCGGUCAUAUGUGAAGGUUUAAUGGUUUUCCACUUUGUUGAUAAUUGAUUUUUUUAAUAUAUAUAUAUAAAUAUAUAUAAAAUAUUAUUUGAAUAAUGAACCAAGGGUUCACUUACUCUUCUAAUUUUGUCUUUUUAUGUUUUUCACUGAAAAGCUAUUUUGGACAGUUGAAGAAAUCAAAUGCAUUCAAAUGGUUCCAAUUUCUUUACAUUAUUACUGAAAAAAAAUUUUUAAAAAGCCAAAAAAAGGAAAAAAAAAAGAAAAAUAGGAAAAAAAGGAAAAAGAGAGAGAACAAAGAAGCAAAAAGGAGCUAGGAAGGAACAAGUAGAGGCGUAUCAAAGAACUCAAGCUAUAACCAAAAAGAAAUAUGUAAAAUGCCUUUGCUCGUCUUCUCAAUGCUGGACCAAAGCUCAAUGUAUGUAGGUAUAUGCACAUUGUAUAGAUAUGGCUAAAUGUUGCUGACAAUCUCGCAAUACUAAACUGUUACUAUUUUAAAAAAAUACAAAAAUAAAACUGUUCAUCAGUGUUUUACCUCAGCACUCUACUUGUACCCAGUUAUUGACCAACAUUCAAAUAAGAAGAUAAAAGAGGAAAUUGAUUUCCAUGUCAAUGUUUGACUGUAAAAUCUGUUUGGAAAACAUUUUGUAAUGAGCUUUUUGUCAUGUGGUUUGCUUGUUUCCAACUUGAGACUAUGUGGGGCACAUUUGUUUAUUUAUUGUUAAAAAGUGAUAUUAUUACUAUUAUUAUUAUUAUUAUUAUUAAUUAUUAUUAUUACUAUUAUUAUUAUUUUUGUCCUAUGUGCUAUAAUCUACAGAAUGGUCACCAGGGUCACUUACAAAGCACUGCAAAGAGAUCUGUUUUUCCAUGCAUGGAGCAUGCAGGGGGAAAGAUGGCAGUACAAAACGGACUGUAUUCUGUUGUUAAAAAAUAUGAAUAAAUAAAAAAGGAGUGGAUAUGGUGGACUUGUGACCAAGAAAACAAACUGGAUAUUUAAAAGCUCCUUAUUACUCUGACUUUGAAACCAAAGCUGAUUUAUCUGCACAGGUUGCUUAACAUGAAAAAAAUAAAAAAUAAAAAAAACUGACAAAAACUGUACUUAAUCUAGAGCAAUAUCUGUAUGGUCAGUAAAGCUGCACUUUGUGUAUUUCUUAACAGCUUCAGAUCUGUCACUUUUAAUUUGUACCAUAAAAAAUAAAGAAUUGUUUGACAUGAAAAA